CCGUAGAGAGAACUAUGGAGCCAGAGACUAAUGUGGACCAUGACACAAAUGUUGAUGCUGAAAAUAGUGAUGAAAUAUGGCAUCAAUAUCAUGAUGCAGAACGAGCAAUCGACCAAUAUCAAAGGGGCAUUCAGCAGCAGCUGAGAAUAAUGCAUGGCCUUAUGCAUAAGUUAGGGACUCGCAGACAUAGUGGGGUAAAUUCAGAUGCGGGUGGUCACUCUAGCUAUGCACCAGCCAGCCCUCCCACAGCCGAUGACCAUGCAUUUCCUGGUGAUGAGUACAUGGCUUCGCAUGCUGCAUACCAUGUGCUAGACACACCAGAUCGCGUUGUCGCCCCUGAGUAUGAGUUGCAGCCCAGUGUACCCAUUAAUGUAGUAAGCGAUGCUGAAGAACAACCAGAAGGUAAUGUUGUCCCCACAAAUAGAAACGUCCGGAGAUGUCGAGUGCGUCGCAUGGCUCCAAACCUGUUGUCCCCAUACAUAUCCCAACCACAAACCAAACAAUCUGCCAUCAAAAUCGACCUAAAACAAGGAGCUGCACUGGAAAUGGUAAUCCACUCCCAGGCAAAAAACUUAGUUAGGGAGGCAGUUAUUAGACGCUUUGAACCACAUCUGUAUCAGAUUGAUAUUCCAUAUGUCAAUGUUAACGAGGUCUUCUUACCGGUUCUCAUAAAGAACCAUUGGACAUUGUAUGUAUAUGACCUAGAAAACAGGAGAAUCCAACUGCUAGAUUCUCGUCCUGGUAGAAAGAAGACAAUGUUGAGUGGAGUCCAACAAAAUCUGGCCAAGGUUGUCCUGUGGUUGGCUGCCCACAAAAAAGAGGUAUCACCUUAUGAUUUGAGGACAUUCAAUUUCAUAACACCUGAUGUACCCCUCCAAACUAAUGAGUGA